AAUUAACUGUAAUCAAUGCUCAUUUCAGCUGAAAUUCAGCACUGCCUGGUUAAUGCUGGUGAUGUGGGAUGCGGAGUGUUUGAAUGCUUCGAAAACAACUCUUGUGAGAUCCGAGGCUUACAUGAGAUCUGCAUGACUUUCCUACACAACGCUGGAAAAUUCGAUGCCCAGGGAAAAUCAUUCAUCAAAGAUGCUCUGAAGUGUAAGGCUCAUGCCUUGAGGCAUAAAUUCAGCUGUAUCAGCCGUAAAUGCCCUGCCAUUAAAGAGAUGGUGUUCCAGUUACAGCGGGAAUGCUACCUGAAGCACGACCUCUGCUCAGCUGCCAAGGAGAACGUCCAAGUCAUUGUGGAAAUGAUUCACUUUAAAGACCUGCUGCAGCAUGAGCCAUACGUCGACCUUGUGAACAUCUUGCUUACCUGUGGGGAGGAGGUGAAAAAGGCAAUCACCAGAAGCGUCCAGGCCCAGUGUGAACAGAACUGGGGAAGCCUCUGCUCCAUCCUGAGCUUCUGUACCUCAUCUGUGCAUAGUGAUGUCACCCUGGGUCCUGAGAAGAAGCCAGAAGAAGCCAACAGAGCCUCCAUCAACCGCGGGGACUUGCUGCCCCAUCCUGAAUCUGACCAGCGGGAGAGCUCGCGAGCAGCUAAGGGAGAGAGAGGUAGCAAGGUUCACUUGAGUGCUCACACCCGUGUGAAAGCAGGAGUUCACAGUCCCAAAGGGGCACACGGGAUCAUUGACCGGGCAGAUGAACUGUCCGAUUUCUCUGACAUCCGAAGGUGAAAGGAGGCACAGACCCUCCCCUCCCCCUCCACUGGAAACUUCCUUCAUCGAGUCCAUCUUCUUAUCUAUGGACAUUCCUGAACAUUUACCAUUCAGAGGGGUGAUGUCAAGCACAGGGCAUUGUGGGAUAUGAGGACCUCAGUGACAGUAUAUAUAUAUAGAAGCAGAGGGAGAGCAGUGGCUAUUGGUUAUUGGUUAUAUCUGGUGAACUCACCACUUGCCUAGCCAGCAAGUGUGACAAAAUGUCUCCAUUUAAAUCCUUUAAAAAACAACAGAACAAUUGGAAACAAGUUGCAAUUGGUUUUUCUUUUGGGUGGAGGGGAGGCCAAGACAGAUCAUACUUUGGCUUUUCCUGACUCAGCACCUCUGCUACACUUAGAGCUGUCUUAAAGCAGGUGGCUAGUUUCCAAAGGGAUUUGGUCCCUGCACAUGACCAUGAACAUAAGAGUUCAAAGGAGGUUGCUGUGGCACUCUGACAAAAUUAAUAUCAGUUCCUUUUCUCAUAAUUUCUGAGCCAUUGUUUGCAUCGGGGUGAUGCUGCCUAACUAAUGUGCCCCCUCUCAUUUGUAUUUUAACCACUGUUAAACUUCACUCUUACUUAUCCAGUGACUUCACCAGCUUCCAGGCAAGACAACUUGACCAUUAAGACCUGCUUAACAAUGCAAUGAGCACAUUUUCUGUGGACCUCCAAAGUCCCAAAUUAUAUCCUUCUUCAGGAUAUUUUAAAAAAUAUUUUAAAAGCAUAUUUUAGGGCAGCCUCUCUUCUCUGCCUGUGGACAACCCAAAAUGUCAGAAGCAGGUGCAGACAGCUGAUGCAUCCUCAAAACUUUAUGGAUGUAGCUGGUGUGUUGGAGGCCCACUGAAAAUCUCUCUUUCCUAUUCUCUUUGGAAGUAGCAGGAUGCAGUUUGCAAAGCUGUUAAGACCCAGUGUUUUAAAUCUGCCUGUGGUUUAUCAAAAUGCCAAAGAUGACUCUGGGAUGGGUGCAAGUGCUUGCUUUUCUUGAUAAGAGCAUGCCUUAUAGUAACCUUACAACACCACAGAAUGGGGUUACAUGCAGAUAGAGUUGUUAAGAGAGCUUUAAAUUCCUGAGCAGUUGAAAGUUAGAGUGGGAUGCUGUGAGGCAGCUUUUCUUACUUCUGUAUGCAGUUCUGAUUCACAGGUUGCACCCUUUCCCUCAGAUACUGCACUUGAACCACUGGUUUUUGCAUCCAAAGUGGGGGAAAGAAUGAGAUUGGCGGUAACCUUUGUUGGGAAAGAACAAGUUUUCUCAGAACAUAGCAUCACAUCAAGAUUUGAGCACUGGUUUUCUAGGUCAGGAAGCCUGGGUCAAGGAUGUAGUGGCAAAGAAACAGUUUGGUAGCGACUGAAUUUGCAUAGGGAAUUAAUUAGUAUCUUUGUCUCCUGGUUUGGGAUGGGAGUCAUUUUAGUGUGGCUAGCAGAUUUGGCCAUUGCUUCUGCUGCACAUGGGCAUGUGUACACAAGUUUCCAGUUUCCGAGAGCUUUGCACAUAUGUCCAACAGCAGGAUCUUGGGUGAUGCUACAAAUGAGGUCAUAGGGAAAACAAACAAGCCAUUAGGCUGAAAACCCAUCAGCUGCUUGGUCAAAGAAGGGACCCUGCUCCUACUCCCACUGAAGUCCAUGACAAAACUCUGACCUCAAUGGAGAGAUCUAGGAACAGGCCAAAAAGAGGCCACAAUGCACUAGUGCAGCCACAGAGAGUAACCCGACCUCUGAGGAGCAAUCAGGGUGCCUUCUAAUACACGGACAAGUUAAUGGAUUCAGUCUUGGCAACAGCCCUGUGGACAGUCCCCACUUUGUGGCAGCAGGAGGAAUGAAUGCCGCCUUGUGAAUAUAAAUUCCUAUUCACCCCACCCCAAAACUGUCUUGCUGCUGCUCCUCACAAUCAUCUGCCACCCCACGGUGGUGUAUUGGCAUAGCAAACAACAAGCUCAAACCAAAAAAAAAAAGAAUAAUGGAAGCAUGUUAGCAAACAGGACUUGCUAUCAAGUCAGUAUUCUCAUAUAACUCCAGUAAGGUCCGUCCAUCUCUUGUUAGAGGUCUGAUAUAUGUAUGGGAACCAAACGUAUCAAUGAUGUAUGUCCUUGAAUGUCUUAGUCAACAUAUCACCUCAGCAUGCAUACAAUUCAUUGUUAUUCAUUCAUUCUGGGUGGGGAAAAUAUAUAUUCCCCCAUCUUGCUUAGUCAGUGAAAAAUUUCUUUAUCAUUCUGUUGGGGGUUUGGGGGGAAAUUUUUAUAUAAGGCAUAACUUUUUCCUCUGUGUGUGAAGAUUUUAUGUGUUCAUCUACUGAUUCCACAUAUGCUAUUAUUGUAAAUAUUUAACAUUUCUAUUUAUUAUAGUGUCUCCAUUUAAAAAACAAAACAAACCCAAACACUGCUGGCUAUGAUAAUUUAAACAUGUCAUGACCUGUGUUGUAUAUAUUCAUGCCACUAGUAUGUUUUUGUUGUUGUUGUUUAUAGCAACGUAAAUAUAAUUUUAUACAGUUCCAUAAUGUUAUUGACAGCAUAAAUCAUUUAUUUAUUGUUAAACCUUCUUUCAUAUCUUAACAGGUAGGGUGUGUUUUACCUGAGAGUAUUUUAAUCGAGACAUCUAGGUAGCCUUAAUUUUUUGUAAAAUUAUUUUUUAAAAAUAACUGUCCAGUUACAUUGAUGAGUAUUCUUCAUGAGCUGCUGUUCACAAAGGAAGUUUAGCUUGGAAAAAAAACAAGAUCUGAACGUUCCCUUUAUGCUUUGUAUCUGGAAUAAGCCUUGUUCUGAAACGGAAAAAGAAAAAAUAAACCAAACUGGAUGUAGUAAAAUGCCUACUGGAAAAAUAAAACAAACAAAUGCUGAAAAAUGCUGUCCUCAUUUAAAAAAAUGCUGAAAUGUAAUAAAAAAUCUGUCCUUAAAUUCCAGAACUUCAGGAGAAAAACAUACUAGUUUUAUCUCAUGUAGAAUUUACAGCCAAAUAAGCUUGUAAAAAGAUGCAUAUGGAUCUAGGCAAAUCUCUGUACCUUUUCACACUAUUAUUUUUCCUUAAACACUAAUAAAUGUUUUGAAUAAGUC